AUGGAUCGUGAAUGCAAUAACCAGCCAAGCUAUUCAGAAGCCAACCCAUCCUCCCACUGGACCUCUCCUUCAACUUCUAGCAACCGAAGAUGUGUCCCACAAGACCUUCAUGAUAAAGAAGAAGCUGGGAAGAAGCAGAUACAGAACAGGCCCAUCCCUUAUUGGAUCUGCAUGCGCACUGACAACACCAUCCGCUACAAUGCCAAGCGCCGCCACUGGCGCCGCACCAAGCUCGGCUUCUAAAUCUUCUGCGUCCGCCGUCACCAUCAUGUUACUUGUAUUUGUCUCGAGCUUUUUUACUUCUGCCGCCACUUUUUUGUUGUAGGUCUCGAUCGAAUUUCAUUUGAUUCGAAGUCACAAAAUUGAAACUUUAA